AUGGCUGAGAGGGACACCAGACCAGAGGGGCUCGCUCCCGCAACAACCGUCGCGCCGCCAGACCUCAAGAUCAAACCGCCAAACCCGCUGGCGCUCGCCCAAAAAGUUGACAUUGAGGCCAAGAUGCGCGAGGGCACCAAAUGGAACACAAAGAACCUGGGCCCGCGCCUCGGCGUCGACUUCUUCAGCGCCGCAUGCGCCGGCACCCUCGUGGCUCCUCUUGUGUCCAUCAUUGAUCGCUCUAUCAUGGAAAACGCCUCCGGCCGCCGCAGCCUCGGCGACUGCGUAAAGUCCUGCCUCCGCGAGCUCCUCCUCCGCCCCCACCACGUCGUCUUCAGCAAGCCCUUCGCCCUCAUCUUCGCUCUCUACGGCGGCACCUACCUCACCGCAAACACCCUCGACACCGCCGUCGCGACCGCCCAGAACAAGCCCGCCUCGCACGUCACCGCCGGCACCGCAAAGUUCGCCGCCUCGAGCACCGCCAACAUCGGCAUCUGCAUGUACAAGGACCAGGUCUUCGUCCGCAUGUUCGGCCCGCCAGGCGCCACGCCCCGCCCCGUGCCCAUGCUCUCCUACGCCCUCUUCGGCCUGCGCGACUGCCUCACCAUCUUCGCGAGCUUCAACGUCCCGCCCCGCAUGGGCCCCUGGCUGAACGAGCGAAUGGGCGAGGAGGUCGCGAAGAAGGUCAGCGGGUUGACUGUCAUGCAGUUCGCCGCCCCGGCCAUGGUGCAGUUCGUCAGCACGCCGCUGCACCUGCUGGGUCUGGACAUCUACAACCGCCCCAGCGCGCCGGCGGCCCUCGUGACGUGGAAGGACCGCUGGCAGGUGGUGGCCAAGAACUGGGGUAUCAGCACCAUGGCGAGAAUCUGCCGUAUCAUCCCGGCCUACGGUGUUGGUGGUGUUGUCAACCGCAAAGUAAGAGGGAGCCUCAUGGAGAAACUUUCAUGA